CUGAUGCAGGGGCUUCCAGCAUGGCGUCCAUGCAGAAAAGGCUUCAGAAAGAGCUGUUGGCUUUGCAGAAUGAUCCUCCUCCUGGAAUGACUCUGAAUGAGAAAAGUGUAGAGAAUACUAUAACACAGUGGGUUAUUGAUAUGGAAGGAGCCUCUGGCACUCUGUAUGAAGGAGAAAAAUUCCAGCUGCUUUUCAAAUUCAGUAGUCGAUAUCCGUUUGACUCGCCUCAGGUAAUGUUUACAGGAGAGAACAUUCCUGUCCAUCCUCAUAUUUAUAGCAACGGCCAUAUCUGCCUGUCCAUUCUAACAGAGGACUGGUCACCAGCACUGUCUGUCCAGUCAGUGUGUCUCAGCAUCAUCAGCAUGCUGUCCAGCUGCAAGGAGAAGAGACGGCCUCCAGAUAACUCUUUUUAUGUAAGGACGUGCAACAAAAACCCAAAGAAGACUAAAUGGUGGUAUCAUGAUGAUACGUGUUGAUGCUCGACCACACGUUUAGAAAGAAGUUCCUGCUGACCUACAUUAGCACUUUUUAAACUCUGAACUUUAGCCUCGGACUGAAAACGGAGGACGUGAACUUUUACUCAAGGACCAGCAUUACGAUAACAACAAGAUGGUUUCGGUCAAAGCAAAGACAUCAAGAAUUAACGGCGGAAACUCCCAAUCAGGAUUGACUCCAGAAGGAUGCCGGAUUAAGCAACAAGUCUUGAUUCCAUUUUUUUUUUUUUUUUUUAAACAUUUUUUUGGUUUCUUAGCUUUGUCUCAAAUUGCCUGCUUCUGCACACCAACCCCUUUAUAAUGUGAGCAUUGUGUAUAAAAGGGCCUUCCAUGACCGUGUUCAGGUUGUGAGUUGAGUUGAGUCAAGUCAAGUCUGAUGAGAUCUAGGUUAGGUUUAGUCAGAUGCAGAUUUGUCAGAUGUUUUGCUAGUCAGAUUAUCAGUUCAUCAGAAUCAAGGACAUUUUUUUUUUUUUUGCUAGUUUCAGGCUUCAGAAAAUGUUUUGAAAAACAACGAGGGUCUGGUCUUCGAAUUGAGAGGUUAGUACAUCCAGUUAAUACUAAAGUAUGCAAUUUGAGACAAAGCCCUCGACUUUUUCUACUUUAUUUAAUAUAUGAUGAAAUUGAACGUUCUUUUCCAUUUUUUUUUUUUUUGUGCAAUAAUGAACCUAAAUCAUUUGUUUCAUCAGGACACGACUUACCUAGCAUUAAGUGCUUUUUUGCGUUUGUGCACCUGGUUUUGUUGAUGUUUUAUAUGCACUGUGAAAUCCUCUACGAAGGCACAGAACAGUUUCGAUCGAAACGUCACUCACUAAUUUAUUUCUAUUUAAUUAACUAGGCAUGUGCCGAUAAUCGUUUAUAUUACAUGCGGCGAUGUUUAAAAUGCAUGAUCGUUUUAUUGUGAAUACUUCAAUACAUCGUCAGUAUCGACGAUGCACUUUAUAUUUAUUAUAUAAGAUGUAAUUAUUUAAUUAUACUAUUAUUAUUUUUUUUUUGUAUUCCUUUUCUUCAAUUUUCCCAUUUAUUUAAGCUUGGUUUGUGCUUUUUUCCCCACCCCUUUAAAAAAAAAAAAAAAAAAAAACACCCCAAAAAAAACAACCUUCACUGACCUCUUUAUUAGGAACACUUGUGCAUGUGCUCUUCCACGCAGUUAUGCAGUCAGCCAAUCAUGUUGCAGCAGAGCGACGCAUAAAAUCAUGUACAUACAGGCCAAGAGCUUCUUGUUCACAUCACACAUCAAAUUGAAGAAAAACGUAUUGCAGUGAAUGUUCCAAUCUUCAACUAUCCGGUUGUGGUGAGCCCGUGGCCACCUUAGCCUCAGAUUCCUUUUCUUGGCUGACGGAAGCAGACUCUGAUGUAGUCUUCUGCUUUUGCAGCUCAUCCACCUUAAGGUUAUGCUUUUCUGCUCACCAUCAUUGUAAAAAGUGGUUGAUUUGAGUUACUGUAGCCUUCCUGCCAGCUUGAACCAGUCCAGCACAUCCCACAGAUGCUCGACUGGAUUGAGAUCUGGGGAAUUCGGAGGCUAAUUCAACACCUUGAACUCUUCACGUUCAGCUUGAACCGGUCCGGCCAUUCUCCUCCGACCUCUCUCAUCAAGAAAGUAUUUCUGCCACUCACUGGAUGUUUGUUUGUUUGUUUGUUUGUUGUACCACUGGUAAAACUCCAGAGACUGUUAUGUGUGAAAUUCCCAUAAAUCAGCAGUUUCUGAAAUACUCAAACCAUCCUAUCUAACACCGACAAGCAUGCCUUAGUUCAUGGUCCCAUUUUUCCCCAUUCUGAUGUUUGAUGUGAACAUUUUACUGUAAACCUGCAGCUGCAUAAUUUUAUGCACUGUGCUACUGUCACUUUAUUGGCUGAUUUGGAUAAUUGCAUGAAUGGCCAGGCGUUCCUAAUCUAGUGGUUGGUCGCGAAUGUACGUAUCUAAAAUCUAAAAGUUAUUCAGAACAAUAACACUGACACCAGUACAGUGUUGUAGGGAUAUCGGGAAGCCGUGAUUAAACGCAUGAGCGGGUAUUGUGAUUUGGAAAGUUAAUAUCGAAACGUGCCUGUAUGCUACUGUAUUUAUGAUUUUCCUCAUUAGUCAUACAGAAAGUAAUAGACAGGUAAAUGUUUAGCAACGUUCCUUGUGUCUAUGGUUAUUCUGGAGACUGAUGACUGUAAUGAAUGUUAGAAAGGCCUCUGUAGUGUAUUUAUUCAUUUCUAUAAAUGAAAUUUUGAACGAUUUUAAAAGGGCUGUAAGUUAGGCGGCGUAAAGUUUACUUUAGUUUACAUGGCUGUUUGUGAAUAGCCGUGUGUCGAUACGACUUUUACUAUUUUCAUAUCAUGAUUGUCUAAUAUUUUAUCCAAGCCUACAACGUGAUCACGAUAUUAUUAUAUGUUUAACUUGACCUGUUCUUAUUGGACAGAACUAGCUAGCUAGCUAACAAAUACGUUUAGCUAGCUAAAUGUAACAAGUCCAUACAGGAGUUUUUUUUUUGUUAUUGUUGGGGCAAAAAAAUGCUUGAUUUUGCUGCUGAGUUUUCCCCCCAAAACUUCCCCGAGAUUUUUGUGCGUUUUUUUUUCCGGAAAACUUACUUGAAUUGGCAAUCGCACGAAAUAGUCUUGCACGGUCUUUCGCAGUGACGUUUGUUGGUAAAUGAGACCUUUUUUGGUGUACUCAUGUUCGACGCACGUGAAUCGAAGCAGGCUUUGGCUGAACGCGCGUUGUGAUGACAUCACAUGAUGUGUAUCGGCCAAACUGACGUAAAAUCUACGUUAGUAUGCUAAAUGUGAAAAAUUGCAAGCUCCUCCGAACAUUGUGGAGUUUGUUUGAUUUUGCAUUCAUUUCUGCGAUCCUGGAGGGACUGGGUAACUACAGGAAUGGCAACAGUAAAGACAUUAGCGUAGGCAAGCUUUGUAAGUGCAUUUCGCAAAAUUAUAUAUUGUUGUUAGAUUAGUUCUGAUUUGAAAGGAAAAUGUCGUCUUAGAUCCAAACAGUGCUUUAAAAGCAAAAAAAAACCCAAGGUUAGCUCUCAUAGGCAUGACCAUAGCUAACAAACACAUGCCACUAGCUAAAUCUAAAUACUUAGACUAAAGUACGAAUUCUGUAAACAUUUUGAAGUGUUCACGAUAACAGUAGUGCGGAUGUGGAAUUAUCGGCACAUGUCUAAAUGUGAAGAAUUGUUUUAGUCCUGAUCAUCUUAUGUGUGUUUGUUCUCCUGGUCACACUUUUCAGACUCAGGUACUUUUUCCCCUCAAGAAGAAAUCAGCUUUCCUACAGUUCUUUUGUGUUUUAUCGUGUAUGUUUCGUUUUUUCUUUCUUUCUUUCUUUCCCCUGAAGGAAAUAUUUUACAAAAAAAAUCAAUAUGUAUAUUUAAAUUGUGUGUGUUACUCUUUAGCUGAAUGGACAUGUAUAGUAAAGAAUGAUUAUUUGCAAAUUAGGCUCUGAAUUCAGAUUUUCAGUUUGCUCAGGCUAAUCCAGUGGUGAUUGUAUUGCAAUAACCCCCUGGUCAACAAGGUAAGUUUCGUCAGCCAUUACAAACAUGGUCAUGUGACAGCACUCAUCUUUAUCUAAUAGUAAUGGCAACAUUAGCUAAUUUAGCCAGCUACCUAAACCCUAUACCUGCCACACUGCAUUAAAAUGAGCAAGUUAGCUGACGCUUUGUAGUUAACGAAGUUCACUGGGAAGCUAGCAUGUGAUUUUCUGUAUAGUUAAACCUAGCAAGCACUCGAAUGUUUUGUGGAAUACAAGCUAAUAACAUUUGUUCGCAGAGCUAAUGUUGUGUAAACUAACCCGAUGA